AUGACCACUGUUGUCAUAAUCCUACUACUAAUUCUGCUUGCUUCAAUCCUCUUCCUCCUCCAUAGAAGAACACUCCAAAAACCUUCUCAUCCUCCUGGCCCCCCCUUGAUCGGCAACCUCCACCAACUCGACACUUCUAUCUAUGGAAACUCACCUACGGCCCUCAAGCUCGGCUCCGUGCCCGCAAUCGUGGUUUCAUCAGCCGAAAUCGGAAAGGAAGUGCUGAAAACGUUAACGCACGACCUCAGCUUCUGCAGCCGCCCCAAACUCCUCGGCCAGCACAGGCUUGGACAUCUCUUUCGCCCCCUAUGGCGAGUCGUGGAGGCAGAUGAGGAAGAUCUGCGUCGUCCAUCUCUUGAGCGCCAUGAUGUUGGCUCUAACGAGCACGCUCAUCUGCAGGGUCGCGUUUGGCUUUCUGGAAUGAUAACCAGACUUGAUCGGGUUUUCAAAGAUCUUGAUGAUUUCUUUGAGGAGAGGAGCUCAUUCAUGCGCACUUGGAUCCGAGAUAUAUUUGUGGCUGGAGCAGCAACAAUAAUUUGGGCCAUGACAGCUCUGAUGAAGAACACAGCAGCAAUGAAGAGGUUGCAGAAGGAGAUCAGUGAGUUAGUCGACGAUGGAAGACAAGUAAACGAGGAUGAUCUGCCAAAGCUGCCUUAUCUCAAGGCAGUAAUCAAGGAGACAUUGAGAUUGUUUCCACCCGUGCCACUCCUACUGCAUAGAGAAUCAAUGCAAGACUGCAACAUAAACGGCUACGCCAUUCCGGCCAAGACACUAAACGCGUGGGCGAUUGCAAGAGAUCCCGAGAGCUGGGAAAAUCCAGAUAUGUUUGUGCCUCUUGAAUUCCAUUAUGGAUGUGGUAGGGACGAAUUUCGAGGUGAUCCCUUUCGGGGCGGGCAGAAGCGGAUGCCCCGGAAUAGCGAUGGGGCUGGCCACAGUGGAGCUCCUUGUUCACCUCUUCCACUGGGAAUUGCCGCCGGGAAUGCCUAA